AGAAGUGUGGGAUCGAUCGGUUGGUUGUUACAAUUGAAUUGCAAUGUGAUGAUCUGAAUAAUUGUUCUUUGAUUGUGAUUUUGUGUAUGUGUAUUUGUUCUUGAUAAUUUGCUUCAUGUUUGUUGCUUCGAUGUUCUCUUAUUGAUGUCUAGUGCUCUGUGUUUAAUAUUAAUUGCUAUUGCCGUCAAUCUAAGCAAUUAUGCUUCGCACAAGGAAAAAAACAAAAAAAAGAAUACAAUUGUAUCAUCAUGAAUAGGUUCACUAUUUGUAUCUAUUCGAAAAAUGAGAUUCUUUAUAUGCUAACACCACAACAAAAGGAGUGUUAGAAACUAACAAUAUCUUGUCUUGUCCACUUGGAUUACAAAAACUAACAAAAGCCACACAAUUUUCUCUUAAUGGUGUGCCGGCGAUAUUUUAGAGAAAAUAAAUAAUCUAUUGUCAUUUCUGAGCUAUAAUUCUUUGCGAUAUCUUUCUUUUGUCUUUUUUGAUAACUGGGUGUACGGACCAGCUUGUGUGUAUCUCAAUUAAUCCCAGGGCCUGAAGUUAACAACUGGGAAAACUUCUAGUAGCCUCUCCCUCCCUCCUUCCCUUCCUCUCUUUUGUUUUUUUGUUUUUGUUUUUGCACGCUCGUGUGUGUACACUUCUAUUUAAAGCAUGCCCAACCUCCUAGUUUCUCUAGUAGAAGUCUCUUUGAUUAAGACUUCUUUCUCUAUUGUUUUGAUGUAACUAUCCAUCUCAUUUUGAUAUAACAUUGGUUCUUAGUCUAGAUUCUACACUCUUUUGUCUUGUAUCUGCAGUACGAUUUUAUGAGCAUCGUUGUCCAUUUGUGUUUCUAGUUUGCAUGUGAGCAUGGUUUUGCAUUUGAGCAUCAACUUUUUGAUUGUUAAUUUGUUUGAAAAUGUUUGUUGGACAUUAUGUCUUGAUUCAUCAAUGAGAUGAGUUGUUUGCUGUGAAUUGGAAAUUUGGCUGGUAUGAGAAUCAUUAUGAUAUUAAUGUCGUGCCAGCUCUUUGAAGUUCUCAAACACUGUCACUUUCUCUACACCCUGCUCCUUUUCUCCCCUUUGGACACAUAGACAUACCGUAAGUCUAAAAGUUUAUGUGAUAUUUGGAGUGCCUAAUGCUCUACAUUAUCCUAGAUUUAGGCACUUUCCAUAUCUGUACUUUGGUCUGAUUGGUAAGAUUAGCAAAUUCUUAUGUUAUAAAAUUUUAAUCAUGUGGCUAUAUCAUUAUCUGUCUUUUUAGGACUCUGUGCUCUCUCCACUAAUACAAAAAUUAUGCAAUUGUAUUUCUUAAAUGCUUUAUAGUAAAAAUACUCUCGGUAGAUAUUUCAUGAUCUCCUAGGAAAAUAAAUCUUAUUAAUUGGAUAAUGUGUGAGCUGCAGUGGUAGAUGGCACAUGUAUACUGAAGGUAUUUUUGCUAAAAGUAAUCGAUAAAAGGAUGCAGUUUCAGGAAAAAAAAUGAAUUUUUUUUUCUAUAAAAUGAAAAGAUGUCAGAUGUUUGUGGCAUUCUAAUGCUCUUUUUGCAAGCAGGAGAUUACUCAGAAAAUGAGAAAGUAGCAAUCUUUAAAGCAUUAUUUUUUUGGUACAUCAGAGGCUGUAGCCUAGGGAGGGUGGACGUUUUGCAUUUGGCAAGACUUGAACCCUUAACCACCUAUUGAGGUGGAGGGGUUCUGACCAUUUGAGCUAGCCCCAGUUGGUUAUUCUUUACAGCAACAUUGAAGGCACUUAGCAUGACAAGAACAUAUUAUAAAAAAAACAAAAUAUAGAUAUAAGACAAAGCAUCACAUGAAACGGCCAACAAGAUGGUCAACCAUUACAGUCAAAUGUCUUGCACGAUAGUAAAAUGGAGGUUGGGUUAAUGCCACUUCCCCUCCACAGCAUCCUUAGUCAACGGGGACGACACUAGAGCAUCACAAUUCAAAAUAAGAGAUUCUGUUCCAUUGGUUAAGGUUAAGCAAGGUGUUUAAGAUGAGUUAAUUGAAAGUUAUCAAGGACUGCUAUGGAGAGCAGUGAAAGGUUCUAUGAGAAGGUCUUCUUAAAUGGAGACAUCUAUGUUGGUAAUUUCAAGGGAAUCUUUCCCCAUGGCAAAGGAAAGUAUACUUGGUCAGAUGGAACAAUCUAUGAGGGUGAUUGGGAAGAAGGAAAGAUGACUGGGAAAGGAGAGAUUUUUUGGCCAUCAGGUGCAACUUAUGAGGGUGAUUUUUCUGGGGGUUACCUUCAUGGAUGUGGCACCUUUACUAGUUGUGAUGGGUCUGUGUACAGAGGAGCCUGGAGAAUGAAUGUUCAACAUGGGUUUGGAAGAAAAGAGUACCCUAAUUCUGAUCUUUACAACGGUUUAUGGAAAGAGGGACUAUAUGAAGGCAGGGGUAGGUAUGCUUGGAGUAAUGGUAACACAUAUAUUGGAAACUGGAAAGCUGGGAAAAUGUUUGGCAGAGGUGUUAUGAAAUGGGUGAAUGGUGAUCUUUUUGAUGGGUCUUGGUUGAAUGGGUUCAGACAUGGGUCGGGCUGUUACAGGUUUGCAGAUGGGAGUUAUUAUUUUGGGACAUGGACUAAGGGUCUAAAGGAUGGGCAAGGAACAUACUAUCCUACUGGAAGUAAACAUCCAUCACUUAGAAAGUUGUGUAGCUUUGACAAACACCAGGGCAAGAGCAAAGGGUUGCUAUCUCAUAGUUCAUCCUUGAAUUUGGGGGAGUGCAGGGUUCCAACUCCUAGUGUCAAGCGUAGUCUUUCUGAAAAGAUUUCUAUUAAUGGCUUUUUAAGAGGUGCAGGUCGACUAUCACACAGGACUACAUCAUUGGAUGAAGGCUGUAGCCUUUGUCACUCCACCAGAGAGUUUUCAUCUUGCGACACUUCAUCAAUGUUAUCUCAUUCCGCUGAUGGACCUCAGUGUGAGGUGCAGGAUAAUACUACUGUAGUUUUUGAAAGGGAAUACAUGCAAGGAGUUUUGAUUAAAGAAAGGAUUAGAAAAAGUUCAGGACUAUCAUACAAAAGUGAAAAUCCGAAUAAGUUUCAUGCCAAAGAAGUGAAAAAGAGUUCAUGUGUGAACAUUUUUGAAGGCUUACUCAAUAGGAGUUAUUAUCUGAUGCUUAAUCUGCAACUUGGUAUCAGGUACACUGUUGGAAAGAUCACACCAGUACCCAUGCGUGAGGUGAGAGCUUCGGAUUUUGGAGAACGAGCUAGAAUACAAAUGUAUUUUCCGAGGAAGGGCUCCCAGUUCACACCUCCACAUUAUUCUGUUGACUUCUAUUGGAUGGACUACUGCCCUAUGGUAUUCAGACAACUCAAACUAGACUGCAAGUUCUUAGAAUCUCAACAGAUAAUUGAUUAUAGCCUUUUGUUGGGAUUACAUUUUAGAGCUCCUGAACAACUGAAUGCCUUCUUAGAACCCCCUGAUGCACUGCACAAGCAUGAGAUCUUGCCUCAAACUGAUG